CGAUGGAGCAGCUCAGGAAGCAGUCGGGGCCAGCGGCUCGGCUGGAUGCCAUCCUCCGGCACCUCUCCCCGCGGCCGGGAGCAGCCCCUGCUCCUACAAGCAUUCCUACUUCAGCCCAGGUUAGCGCUGUUCCUCAGCCAGGGAGGUUUCGCUAUACCCUGGACAACGAUGUCCUCACCACAAAGCAAAGACAGUUCUAUGAAGACAACGGGUAUCUGCUCAUUAAGAAGCUCGUUUCUGACGAAGACAUUGAGCGCUUCAGGAAGGAGUUUGUGAGGAUCUGUAAAAAAGAGGUGAAUCUACCAGGAGCUAUGAUUAUGAAAGACGAGUCCCUGAGAUCCCAGUAUGGUCAGUCUGAAAAAGUAGUGAAUAAAGUGCAGGACUUCCAGGAAGACGAAGAGUUGUUCAGAUACUGUACUCUGCCAGAGAUCCUCAGAUAUGUUGAGUGCUUCACAGGGCCAAACAUCAUGGCAAUGCACACCAUGCUGAUAAAUAAACUUCCAGAUUCUGAUAUACAGACUUUUCUCCACCCCAUGCAUCAGGACUUGCACUAUUUCCCCUUCCGGCCUGCGGAUCGCAUCGUGUGUUCCUGGACCGCCAUGGAGGCGGCCAACCAGGAGAACGGCUGCCUGAUUGUGCAGCCAGGGACUCACAAGGAGACCCUGAAGCCUCAUGGCUAUCCGAAGUGGGAGGGUAAAGCCAACAAACUUUUCCAUGGGCUGCUUGAUGAGGAUGAGAAGAGUCCCAGGGUUCACAUUGUCAUGGAGAAGGGAGACACAGUGUUCUUCCAUCCCCUGCUCAUUCAUGGCUCUGGGAUAAACAAGACAUCAGGUUUCCGAAAGAGUAUAAGCUGUCACUUCGCCAGUUCAGAGUGCUACUACAUUGAUGUCAAGAACACGACCCAGGAGGGCCUGGAGAAAGAAAUGGUAGAAAUGGUUCACAAGAAAUACAACAUGACUUCUGUGGAACUCAGGGAUAUUUGGAACUUCCGAGCACGGCUUGUGCAAGGGGAAAGAAUUAACCUGUAGAACAACCUCUGAAGAGCAGGAUGGAAAACACAUGCCUGAGAAUGAGCUUCUCUGAUCAGAGAGCGCAGACUCUGCCUCGGCAG